AUGCGCGCCGCCAUCAGCUGCCGCAGCGGCGUGGCUUCGGCCCCGGCCCGCUCCCCCAGGCCUGCCCGCGCCCAGCGCGCGGCGCUUGUUGUGCUUGCAGCGGCCGGCAAGGAGAACCCCUACCACGACCGCAAGCACACCGCUGCCAGCAACCCCGGCGGUACCAAGGACGCUGGUAAGGUGCACGCUGACAAGAAGCAGCAGUUUGAGUACCAGCAGGAGCGCCUGGAGUGGCGGCGCAAGAAUCAGCAGGGCGGCGACAACGACGCCGACCGCGACGAGCCUGCGCACACCAACAUGGGCGUCAAGAACGAGGGCAGCCACAACUCGGGCAACAACCUGCCGCUGAGCGACGAGCCGUCUGGGGCGGCCAAGCUGGUCAACAAGGUGGUCCGCAAGAUCACCGGCAAGGAUGAUGAGUGA